AAUUCAUGGAAGCACACUACGAUUCGAGUAACUCUGCUAAGCAUAAUCAGUAUCUCUCUAGCUACGAGAAUGGGAAGUUCGGGAAGGAAGUUUUUUGGCAUCACUAUCGGUGUGUUGCUAGCCCUUUCAAGUUCGCAUUUGGUUUUCUCACAGCAAUGCAGCAACCAUUACAAUUCCGAGCAAUGCUCUAUACAUGAUUUGCAAUUAAAUUCUUCUAAUCUCGGGUCUUUUAAGUUCCCAGUCCAUGCAAAUAUUGAACUUGUAAACGUAAAAAUUGAUUAUUUCUCACCGGAAGUAGUUCAACGCAUGAGGUGGGUUAGUAAGUUAACGAUUAGCCAGGGAUCAGUGUCCAAGAUAUUUCUCAAGGACGAUCUCCAGGAACUGAUAGCCACUUCCAGUUUAACGCACGAUGUGAUUAUUGGCGAGACUGAAAACGAAGAGCUGGAGCGAUUGACGAUCACUCAGAAUCAACUGGAAAGUAUUCCCAAAAAUGUAGAAAAGCUCAAAACUCUUACAGUUUUGGAUUUAAGCUACAACAAAAUUGAGGUUGUAGACCUGGAUGAACUUAAUGGAUUGGGAAAGCUUACAUACGUUGACUUAUCAAGCAAUAGGAUUUAUUACCUGACCGCUGUCAAUUCUUUUGAGCUACCGAGGCUGGAAACAUUCAAGUUAGAUAAUAAUUACCUGAUGGAAAUUGAUUUUGAUGCAUGGACCAUGCCAAGUUUGACCACAUUGAGUAUAAUGUCUAACAGUUUGAAGUACAUCAAAGAUUUCAAAACAGAGAACUUUCCAUCUCUACGUACGUACCAAGAUUAUAGCAAUCUAUUUGAUUGUCGUUGGCGAGCUGGUUUCAUCUCAAUGCUCCAAGCAUGGGAACAACUUGAGAACUACUAUUACCAAGCACAGGAUUGUCACAAAAGUGUGCAACUUAGCGCAGCGGUUUAUCGCAUGCUCAACAUCAGGGAUAUCCGCAACAACACGAUCGACUUGGAAGACAAGGAGCAACUCCAGAGUCAGUUGACCACUAUGCUGGAUACCGAGCAAAAGCAGUCACGGCACAUCGAAUCACUGACCAAGUUGGUGAAGGAACAAACCGAACAGCUUGAGGCAGUGUCCACCGAACUUCAGGCCCAACAGACGACAAUCGAUGGGCUUCUGUCGCAAAUCGAAGAGCUUAAGCAACUUGUGGCGGAAAUUAAGCAAUCGGCAGUGCCUACUGGACGGACCGUUCCCAAAGGAUUGCGCGCGAGGAUGAUCCAAGAAAUCGAGGAAGUCAUUCGGAGGAAUUUGGUCGAAGUCGAGGAUUAGGGAGGGCGUGGACGAAUUGUAGACGUUGGUUUCCUUGAAAUAAACUUCGAAUGAGUUGAGGAC